AUGGAUAUAUUUUCAUUAGCUUCAAAUUUACAACAAAUAGCUAUAGGUGGUGUUAAUUAUGUUAAUAAUAAAUUACUAAAAAAAAAUUCUCUCACUAGGUAUAACUAUGUUACAUAUAUUGUUAUAGGAGAAAGUGAAAAUCAGCCAUAUGAUGUUAACAUUUUCUUUUUACCAUUUAAAAAUUCAAAUAAAAUAAAAUAUAAAGAAUUCAAGGAGUAUUUUCCCUUUAGAGGUAAUAUCAUAUUUCGUUUUAAAAUACUUUUAAUAGAUUUAAUUGAAGUUAUCAAUGAGGGAUUCAGAAAUAAUUCACCUUUAUUAAAGAAAAAAGAAAAAGAAGAGAAUUUAAAUAAUCAUAUCAUUUCUGAUGAAGUAGAAAUAAAAAAUAUAUUAAGACAAGAUAAUUUGAAUUAUAUAUGGAUAGAUAUAAAUAAUGAUGAGGCUUAUAUUCCAUUGUGCCAUGGUAAAAUAGUCGCAAAAGUAUUAUUUAUUAAUAACGAGAAUUAUAGAAAUUAUAAUGAAAUUUAUUUUAGUAAUUAUAAAUACGAGAAUUCAUCUACAUAUAUUAUGAACGAAAAAUAUUUAUGUUCAUAUAAAGUUAUUAGAAAAGAAGAUAAAAGCUCAAAAAGUAGUAUUGAAAGUAAUGAUCUAGUGGAGAGUGAAGAUUUUGACGAUAACAAUAAAAUAACCUCAAGUCAGAGUAAUUUAAUGAAUUUUAGUUAUUCUAAUGAUGUCGAAGAUUUUGAUAAUGUAAUAUGUGAUAAUAAUUAUUUAAAAAAAAAAAAUGAAAAUAAAAUUUUAAUAAGAAAAAUUAACACAAAAGACAUUUUAAAUGAAGUAUAUGAAAAGGAAAACAUAAGUGGGAUGAUUGAGAGUGAAAACGAAAUGUUUUUUCAGAAUGAAGAUAAUAACAAUUAUCUAACAAAAAGGAGUAAUAGCGAUAUUUUAAAUACACCAUAUGAAAGAAAUAGAGUAACAAAAAUGAGCCAAGGAAAAAACGAAAAUAGUAAAAAUGAGAGAAAUUUGGAAAGUUUAUAUCAUAAUAAUGAGAUUAAUGAAAAAAUUUUAGAAAAAGUUAAUAUUUCCUCUUCGAAAGCUUUUUCAUUAACAAACAAGAAUAAUAAGGAAAAUAAUUAUGAUGAUUUAUUAAAUGAUAAUAUAAUUAAAAAAGAUCAAAAGCAACUUAAAGCUAGAGUUAGUAAUCGAUUAGAAGAACUAAAAGAAUCCAGAUAUCAAGAGGAAGUAAAGUUUAAAGAAAAAAUGUUAAUAUCAGAAGAUAUUAAAAAACAAAUCAUUAAAUGGUCAAAAAAUUCUGACGAUACAUAUAAGGAUAUAAAAGUAAUGUUAAGUACAUUAAAUGAUGUAUUGUGGAAAAACGCAGAAUGGAAACAUGUAUCUAUGUCUGAUUUAAUAUCAAAUACAAAAAUUGUUAAAAAAACCUAUAAAAAUGCUAUAUUAUUAUGCCAUCCAGAUAAGCAUAGAGAUAAGCCAAUGGAGCAAGUGUUAAGAGCAGAAAUGAUUUUUUUAGCAUUAAAUAAUGCCUACAAGGAAAAAAAAAAUAUGUGA